AUGUCUGCUGGUGCAAUUUCAGUGAGGAGUGUACGGGAUGCAAUUCGGGUAAAGAGACCCCUUGUAAUAUGGCAGAAAAUUAUCUGGUUUCCCCUCCAUAUAUCAAAACAUAGCUUGAUUUCUUGGAUGGCUUUACUUGAUCGACUCCCUACUAAGGAUAGACUUCUUCGUAUGGUUAUCAAUGAUUGUCAAUGCAUGUUUUGUGAUGACCCAUUGGAAACAAGGGAUCACUUGUUCCUUCAUUGUCCUAUGGCUGAUUACUUGUGGAAUUCAAUCUUCUCUCUUUGUGGUCUUCAAUUUAGAACUCGUUCUUGGGAAUCUUUUUUGGCAUGGGCUUGCUCCUCUUGUAAAGAUAAAUCUUUGCUUACUUCCAUAAUGAAGAUUGCUCUUAAUGCUCUGAUUUACAUUAUUUGGGAAGAAAGGAACAAGAAAAUGUUUCUAGGUCGAUCCAGAAAUGCACAAGAAUUGCUUCGAGCCAUCAAGGACAUUGUUGGAUCUCAACUUAGGGGUAGAAAUUUAAAUAGCAUUAAUAGUGUAAAUACUAAUCUUUGUAAGCAUUGGGACAUUGUUUGA